AUGGGGAACAGGAGACAGCACACGGGGAACAGCAGACAGCACACGGGGAACAGCAGACAGCACACUGGGAACAGCAGACAGCACACUGGGAACAGCAGACAGCACAUGGGGAACAGGAGACAGCACACGGGGAACAGCAGACAGCACACUGCGAACAGCAGACAGCACACUGCGAACAGCAGACACAGACAGCACACGGGGAACAGAAGACAGCACACUGCGAACAGCAGACAGCACACGGGGAACAGAAGACGGCACACUGCGAACAGCAGACAGCACACUGGGAACAGCAGACAGCACAUGGGGAACAGGAGACAGCACACUGGGAACAGCAGACAGCACACGGGGAACAGAAGACAGCACACUCAGCACACUGGGAACAGCAGACAGCACACGGGGAACAGCAGACAGCACACG